ACGUGGUGGCAAAAAUAGUACUAGUAGUGGAGAUCGAAGUGGCGGAACUGAAACAGGAACAACAGCGACGUCCGCAGAACUACACACAGGAUACUCACCACCAGGUGCGAACCCUCAGCAACUGCCUCUUCCACCUGCCAAAGACGGAAAUCUGUUGCAAGGAAAUGCAGGGGUUGCCUUUGCUUCAGUGUUAUCGCCGAAAAUGCAAGCUUCGUUAUCGCCAAAGAUGAAGAGACUAAGGCCUACUUGUUGAUACUGUACUGUAGAGUCCUCACAGAUUGAUAAUUAUAAACCCCUGCCCCUCUAAAAAUGGCAGAAGAGGAUGACCAGUUUGUGGGCCGUCGGGCCUCGGGGUCGCGGCGCUCUGCAGUUGUAACUAGCCCAUUUUCCUCAGUCUCCCUUACUAAAGGUUUUCCCUCUAAAAAUGGCAAUGCAACAGGGCAAAGACCAAUCUCCGCAGAUGAAGAGGAUGACCAGUUUGUGGCAGCGAAACAUGGGUAAAGUCUGUACGAGUAUGCGGGAUUGGCGGAAGAUUAAGGCUUGGCUAGGGUUGCGAAGACAGGUUUGAGGAUUUGAGGCUGGAUGCCUUGUACCUCGUCAAAACGGACAGCAGUGAGCAUCGUCAGCUUCGUCAGAUCGUCUUGACCGUGUCAUCUUCAUGGAUGGGUUGUAGCUCCCGGGUGCGGGAGUCGGAGGGCUUAGGGCUCGUGGGUUGUUUUCAGCUUCGUUCUCUAAGAGGAGGAAUCACUGCACACAGGAGAAAAACGUGUUUAUCAUAGUCGGUGGAUACCCUGACAUGAGGCGGGCGUUGCUGAAUCGUGGCUGGGUCGAGAACACGGAUCCGACGUCGAGGUUUUUUGAUUUCAUCUUCACCCUGAAAGCUGGCGACAUCGACUACGAUAGAUUGGAUUAAGGCUGUAGGUAAUACUAAUUCAUCUUUGACCGGGCGGAUGCGGAUCGUUGAAAAGUAGUAUGGGGGACUUUACCUCCAUUUUAUUUGACAAAACGUGGUCAAAGGCAAAAGAGAGAGUAUUACAGGGAAAUACGACUCCGUCCGACUCCCUCAUACUUUUCAAGGAUGCUACAGGGAAGAUGAUUUAGGGAGAGCUCUAAGCGGAUGCAAAUCAAACAGCUAACCACUUUCAACGCAAUCGAGAGAUCACCACGAAGCUUGGUUUGACGAUGAACCUGAAAAGUAAUGCUGCUUGGCUUCCACCGGUUGUUAAGGCGCAACGAGUUACUCAUUCCAAGAAAAAACUAAAACAUUUUCUCCUGCUAAACUUCUUAGGGUUCUGAACAAAUUACAAAUAAGAUAAGAUGAAUAACGGGAAGAAGUUGUGAAUUGUUUCGAGCUCUAAGGUUUGAAAUACAGUGUAUAGAACGGCCAGGACAGCCAGAUUGAAAGAUCAAGAAGCAGCAGCAAAGCUACAAGACCAAGAAGAUGAAACUGGUAGCGGUGCCAAAGAAAAAGAUGAUGGAGAUGGUGGGAGUACUACCGCAUCCGGGUCAAGUUCUUCAGGUGGAAGUAGUGGUAGUACUACAAUGUCCGCUAGAGGGUCAUCUUUCAGUGCGUCGAGUAGGGCUACGUCAAAAGCGACCACAGAGGGGAACGGGAAUGUAUGGCACGUCAGAGAUCGACGAUGUCCUACUUAGUUUCUAUCUUCAAUGAAUGGGAAUAGCGACCACCUUCAAGAGUAAGAAAAAGCAUUUAGAAUGGUCUCGUAGAGGGUACAAUAGAAGCAUGUUCUUCCAACGUUGCUAACUACUAGUAUGAAUCAAUCUAUUUUUUAAUUGUACAAUCACGACAGACCUAUCUCUAACGACUACUAGUACGACCGGAAAUCGGGAGGCUCCAAAACGUAAAACAACUGCAGCUGAGCUGUUGUAUCAAGGAACUAUUGAAGCAGAGCUAGGGGCUCUCCAGGGAGGUGGACAACAGAACAGCUUCCUCUCGAUUAGUGCCAUAACUUAAGGCGAGGUAGACAUUCACUAUCUACUUCUACAGCGUGAAGUAUCCAGAGGGUCGCCGUAUCCUGCUACUUUGACUGUUAUUUAUUAAAGCUGAACGGGUUACGGUUAGUACAGCUGUAGUACUUGUUCCAUCCAUCUAAAAGUGAAAGGAAGCAUCUCACUACCUAACCACUUCCAUUCAAUUAUCAUUUAAUGCGCUAAAGGACGCAGAAAAUAGAGUCCGUCACAACAAAGUGGAACUUAGCGAAUAGCAUUCUUCAGUGCGACGGCGUGCAGAUGCGCGAUGCAGCACAGGAAUUGAUGAAGGUGAAUCAAGCGAUGGGGGAAAAUUAAGGAACAAGCAACAAGAAAUUCUUAGUUAAGGAGAACGUUCUUAGUUGCUAGUUCAGAAACAAGAAUCACGUUCAGAACGUUCUUAGUGUCUCAGAGGUCAGACCACUACACCUUCAUCGAUUCUAUAGUACGCGUUCUGUUCAUCGAUUCUAAUACACCCAAACCGCAUCUGGAGCUUGCAGCAGUGAUGCCGAAAGUGAAUUCUUAGCCUCUAGUUCUGAAGCCUUUUAUCCGCUUUGUUUCGAUCUCAGCCGUGAGAAAGCCGAAUUCUGUACCGCCUUCCAGAUUUCCAAGUGCCAAUCUAUACUGUGUUAUGAAGAUUUUUUUACCUAUAAACUCGUACCUUAUCACUUUUGUUUUUUUCGGUCUUUUCCUACUUAGCUUGGCUUCACCACGUAUAUUGUGUGAUGAAGAGGACAGGAAAAUAUACAUAAAGCGUACUUUUAGAAGAAUAUUUUAGAGUAGUUUAUAGAACGGAUGUAGGAUGGACUUGGAUGGAUCGGAUGGACCCCCCUGAUUCUUCCGAUCCCACUUGAAAUGGUGGAAAGUCCAUCCGAUCCAUCCGAACCGAUCCAUCCCAUCUCGGAUCUGGCACCCCUAUAAACUGCUCCAAUAUUUAUACAUAGAUUUAGAUAAGUACAGUAGUCGUUCUUAAACUUAAAAUGAAACUACCCACCCAGCAGGUACAAGUUGUUGUUGUUUCCUACACCAGUUUUCAGAUUCAGGAUUAGGACGCUCUUCAUAUCUGUGCUUUUCUCGCUGCUUUCGACCGAUGUAAUGCCAAGGGGGAGCGGAAAGACUCUUUUCUGAGAAAAAAGGAACCGUGGGAACUGGUAAACAAGCCAGCACACUCUGGUGCUGGGGGUUCCUCGAGUUAAGACUUCUUGAUGUCCUAGAAAUUUAAAGAUUCCGCUGAAAGGGAAAUGAGGUACUUAGUUCUCCAAGAGUCAUGAUUAAGAGUGAAAGACCCAUCUCGGUCGAGACAGAUGUUGAGGCAUCUGUAUUAAAAACCGUUGGCUUCUUUACUGAGGGGAAAACACGCCAUCGACGAAGUACAUUCAAUUUCUUGGGAAAUUGAACUUAUAUCAGAGUAGUUUAUAGCACGCAUGGCGCAUGGAGUGCAUGGAGUAGCAUGGAGUGCAUGGGGCGCAGAGCUUUAAGGGGCGCAAGAAGCUCCCCCUUUAGCUCCAUGCUACUCCAUGUGAUCCAUGCACUCCAUGCCAUGCGAGCUGGGGAACCUUAUAAAUUGCUCUGUUAUAUAUUUGCGUAUAAGCAGCUACUUCUAAUCAAGUUCUGCAAAUCCAAUGGACCUUGCCGGCGUAGUAUCUGCAGUAUCAAAAAAGUGGAGGAAUAAGAGCUUCUCACCGAAAAAGACGAAAAACAAAAAUGGGAAGACGUCCUCGUCGUCAUCUCUAGUUAUGUGUCUUGAUAUUGAUUCUUUGUGGAAAAUAAAUAAAAUAAAUGCUCUAACUAUCACUAUCUCGUCCUGGUGCUGACGUACUAGCAGCUGAAAUCGUCCUCGUCUGAACCUAACACCUCCGCGUUCGCGUGAAAUCUUCACGACACUUCCACUUCUUCUUUUUUUCGAUGUCUCUCACUCUCCGAUCGAAUUCGAAACCGUAUUUGUAUUUUCCUACUCACCUGUUUUCCUAUCUCUAUUCACCUCCUACGCAAAUCCAAACCUAAAAACCCCUCUAACCCCUCUGUUCCCGACUCUGACGCCAAAGACGACACUGCAACCGACCGAGAGGGGGAUCCGCCUCCAUUACAGGGCUCUUUAUCUGCAGCUGCUCUCCUCGUCCACCAAUUUCAGGAGAAAAGGCGGAGAUCUUCGUCAAGCUCCAGUGCCUCUAGUCUAUUUUACGGGUAGCUAGGUAGUUAAAGUUAAGGGUACAAGAAAUCCAUCUUCACUGUUAUCUUGGUCCCGUUUUUAAAGGGAAAGGAGACCCAAGAUGCUGCUGAGGAUGGAUUUCGACUAGUUCUAAUAAAGGUGCUUUCGUUACCGUUUGUUAUGGCUCUCUCCCUUAGAUGGGGACAGCCAUAACAAGCGUGGCUAAGAGGGACACCAAAAACCUACAACCUCUAAUUAUUCGAAGUUCGAAAGGAUGAAGAUCAGGAAAAAUUUCAUGCAAGUAUAACGCCUUUCUACACCCACGGCGAAGACAUAGUGAGAAUAGCAUUGAAGUUACGAAAGAGAAUGUAAGAAUGAGAAGUAGAACUAGUUCGUUGUAGAAGUAGUUUUUCAUCAAUAAUCCUAAGACGUAGUUUUUUCAUCAAUAACCCUAAGCUCGUUGUAGAAGUAGUUCUUUUUCAUCAAUUAUCCUAAGUAUUUCGCGAAGAUACCGAUAUGCUGGUGCUGGACAACAACUAUAUCCUAUCCUUCGAAGUUGUGGCGACGCUCUCUCCUUAUUAUAGUCGAAGUAGUUCCCGCAUCGCUCCUGCUUAGAGGAAAAAGAGAGUAGACCUUUUCCUGUAGUCUUGGUCAUGUACGUGUAAUGUUUAUGCUAGUCCUACUUACCACCUAUACCUCUUCUAAAACACGUCUGCAAAAGAGCCUUGCUCGACCACGACGACACCUUGGAUGAUCCUGGUUCUGCGGAAGUACGAGGAUCUAUGCUAUUCGACGAGUGGAAGUAUAUAUCUCGAGUUAAUCUAGACGACCCUAGCCAAGUCCUGGACCGGUUGCAAAGGCCGCCAAAGCGCGGCGCCCCACCAUUCUCAGCUAGCUGUUACUAUGUUAUGGCAAGAAGUAGAACAAGAAGGGUGUACUAGUUUUACUGCUCCUGCGGGUGUAGCGAGGGUGUUUUGAUAAUUGAUUCUGCUCAGGAGCCUGAGGGACACGACCUCGUGGAGUCUUCUGGACUGGUGAUGUUGCUGUUUUAGAUCUAAUUCACGACGGAGUAGAGGGCGUCCUCGUCCUCCUUGUUGUGGAUGUUGCAAGAAUUUGUGCGUCUAGCGGGCGUUGUACAACUUGUCUCUACUACUACCACGUCUACCUCCUGAACGUACACAAAAACCAUGAUCUUGAUAGAAAAUUCUAACUGGAACCCUCUGGACAUCCGCACAAAGGAGCUGAAGAGACAGGAAAAGUUAAAGAAGCAGAGACACGAGAAAGACGCGGGGGAUGACAUCACUUAUUUUGCUACCAUGCCAGAUUUCGCAAAAAGGCCGGUUUGUCGGUAUAAAAAUAGAUCAAUGAACAAUAAGUUCACCGAUUUUCACCACAUCGUCCACAUCCACCUGCCCGCUCCUCGCUAAUAUUUCACUUUGUUUCAACCCUGGUUGUACUAAAAAGGAGGUUGACCACGACUAAAAGGAGAAGGACCACGACUAGCGACUACCUACUUCUAAAAGCAAAGAGAAGAAGAAACAGUUUCUAGCAUCUUCUUUACAGGUUUCUCGCUCACGAAGCCAACUCAGUCCUCCAUGAAUUUCAUACGUCGCACUCGUCACGAUGCCUCAUCGGCCCAGCAAAUACAUGGAUUAUCAAGCCGGCUGGAAAGAGUAGGGGUCGUGGCAUAGAGAUGUGUCGAGAAUUGGAUGAGAUCUUGUCAAAGACUGCCAGUGGUCCGUUGCCGAGCUACCUGUAUUCCAGGACACCAGACGAUGGAGAGGAGCUUAGCAAUGUUGGAAAGUAAUGAUUAUACGUGUUUUUUGCUCUGGUAAGCUAAUCAAUCACUUUCUUGAUCUGGUGUCGUAAUCUCCUUUCAUUAUAAAUUCCUUAUGUAUAUCGUAUCUAACAUUGUGGAUUCUCAAACUUGUCGUGUCUUCGUUUAAGAUGUUCGCCCACUAGUAGAACUGAAGAUUCAUUCACAGGAAAAAUUAGUCACGACAGGAGGUCACGUUAAAAGACUUUUACACAAGAAUUACUGUAGUUGUUCCCUUUUUAGACUUUGUUCCCACUUGAUCAUGCCGCUUUUGGUAGUAUCGUUCGUCCACUUAAAAAUUCUCGGACUGCUCGGUCCUACUCCUACCUGAUACAACAACUACAAGGAACUACGACCGCUUUCUCCGUUCUUCCCCUGGAUUGGGUUUACUACUACUACUACUACUACUACUCCACAACCUCAUCCCUCUCUCCCCCCCUAGGUACAUCGAACAGUGGAUCGUGCAGAAAUAUAUUGAACGACCUCUUACAGUAAAGGGGUAUAAGUUCGACAUUCGGCAGUGGGUUCUAGUAACUGAUUGGAACCCGUUAACCGUCUACGUCUGGAAACAACCUUACAUAAGGUUUGCGAGUAACAAAUAUUAUGGACGAUCGAGAUCAGUGGAUGGCUUAGAUCCCGAUGGUUUAGAGGAUCCCGACGGUUUAGAAGAUCCCGGCGGUUUAGGGGCCCGGGGAAGGUGCGCCGCUCUAGUACUCCUCUUGUUCCUCUCCUGUUUCCCAAAUUCUGUGGCAUAGUUGCUCCUCGUUCCUUGUGCUCAUCAUGUUGAUUGUCUUGCCGCCUGUCCUCCAACAUUUCUAUAUCUAAUCUGUUUCCACGAGUGAUUUCUCGGCUUACGUCCACCUGGUCAACAACUCCAUCGUCGCGUACGAUAAGGACAAUUUUGGUUCUUACAACCACGAGCUGGAAACGGAGCACUAUAUGUGGUUCUACCAAAAAUUCCAGAGAUUUCUACACGAUAGCUAUUGUCCACACUUAUGACAGGGGUUGUUCUUCAGUGUGCUUUUGAGGAUAAAAUUCAAUCAACAGUAUCAUCAGUAGCAGCGGAUAUUAAAGAAGUCUCGACGUUUGACGAGUUUGACUACCGUUCUCGUCUUCUAAUCGGAUGCGUCGCAGCAGCCAAGUAUGGCCAUUCGCCAGCACAACCCGACUUCCUGCAUGAGCCACCCUUCACGUGUGAGACUUUCGGUGUGCGGUGGGAAGACGUCAAAUUUGUGCAAGAGGUAUGAUUGAGGCUGACUAUCUUCAGGUCGUUCUUCUGGGGCGGGACCUGAUUUCUACCACUAUGUAUAGCAGUUGGACAUUUCUUGUUCGAUUUGUACCAUUGUAGUCGUAUAACACAAGUUUUCUUCAUACCAAGAAGUCGAGGAGGAUGAGGAGGACGAUCUAGAGGAGACGCCGCAAGCGCGAUCAGCUAGUAGAGGUCCGUCGUCCCGAACUUUAGUCGCGGGAAGACGUAGUCGAGACGUCGUCGGCACAAGCAGUUGUAGUAGAGAUGGUACUAGUGCAUCUACAGCCUGUGCAUCAAAUGCUGGACCAGCACCAUCAAUAUCAGGACCAGGAGGCACAACUAGUACCACUAGUGAAAAUAGUAAUGCUCCUGCAAAUACUUUAACAGCUCCUGCCCUACCGAAAAUCAACAUAGCAACGACGCCACGAACCGCUAGAGUGACGCCUGUGGACAAAAGUGUUGGCAUUUUCAACAGCACGAUGCAAUCGAUGCUGCCUUAUUCGCCAAGAGAAAGCAGAAUUAUCGAGGAGGCAGGACUGAAAGUAGAAGACGUAGCGAGGGAAAGUCCGAUACAUAUUGCUCAACAUCACGUAGAGGAAGGUGGCGGAGACCUGAUUACUAGUACGAGCAAAGCUCCUGCUCUUUCAAGCGUGUCAACUACAUCACAACAAGACCAAGAUGAAAGAGAAACGCCAAAUCGAGCAGUACUAGACUCCAGUUGUGAAGGCACGACGACUGAUGCUGACGGCGGGACACUCGGGGUGCUGGGGGGUAGUAGCAGCAGUAGUAGUAGUAGUCAACAUGCAACUGGAGAACCUGAACCACGCGUCGGAGGACGAGAGCACGGUAGCACAACUGAGGACCCAACUACAACAUCUUCUAUUGACAACUCUUCUAGUGACAACUCUUCUGUUCCAGUUCAAGAUACUUCUCUCCCCAGCUCCUCCUCCUCCUUCUCUUCCUCUGCCCCUCAUCCAAGGCCAGUAACGAGGGAUGAAGAUGAGGCAUACCAGAGAUCCAGAAGUUAAGGGUUACCACAUUGCAUUCUACUUCUACACUUGCUAUUGCAUUCUUGACUUUGUAUCCUAUUUUUAUAAGAAGAAAUAAACUAUAUUCCUCGUAAGUCAGGGAUGAUCACGAGCAUCUAAAGAAUGUUCUGAAGAUGAAUGCAAUGAAAUGCGAUGUGGGGACCUCUAAAGAAGAAUGCCACCACCCGAUCCCAAAUACUGUGUGGAUACCUGGUCGUCGAAAAUAGUGCCAGAGAUGUCCAAAAUCGUCAAAAUGUCGCUAUUGGCGGUGCAGGAUGGGAUAGAGGUAUUUUUAAUGAGUUGUAGUACAACAAAAAGGGGAUUAUUGCGAGGUUUUCGAUUUCGUUGAUCUCCUGUUUCUUUCUAGCCAUUCGGUCUGUAGUUGUUCUUGACUUGUUUUUAUACUGUAGUUUUAUCCUUCUACUUCUUGACCACGUACUAGUUAUCGAGGGCACAUGACAUGACAUAUUUAAUUACUUCUAAUUAUUCUAGCAGCAGACGGCGCGCGCAUUUGACAAUUCGAAAUUCGUUCCUUGUUUCUUGACCUUCUCUCAGAUUAUCACGACAACUCAGAUUAUCACGACCACAACUAUUGAUACACUCCAAGAACAUUUUUUCACUUCUUGGAGUCCACGUGGUCACCUCCACCGAACCUUGAUCAGCAUCGCAAGAACAGCAUGGAGCUUUUCGGGUACGAUUUCAUGCUAGAUGAAGACCUCAAGGUGUGGCUGAUCGAAGUAAACAGCUCGCCAGCCAUGGACUACUCGACGCCAGUGACAACGCCUCUAGUGAAAAAAGUGAUGGAGGAUUUGGCGAAAGUGGUCGUGGAUUUACCGAAUAGUUCACCUACUACUGGUACUAGUUCUCCUGAACAAGAUUCAGCUUCUACAACUACAAGUCCUCCAAAGCGUGACACUGGUGAAUGGGAGUUGAUCUAUCAAGGGGCGACAGGAUUGAGGAAGCCUACGUUUCUGGGGAAGUUAGAGGUGCUAGGGAAACAAAUCGCAAUUUGCACCAAUAAUAACGGAGGAGGAGGCGGAAAAAAAAGAAAAUCGUCUUCAACAUCUUCAUGAUGGUCCUCGUGAUAUUGAUGGAAUGGUGCUUAAAGAAAAAAAAGUCAAACAGGGAUGUGAAUGUCCUAGAGGUGGGAGAGCAUACCGAAUGUAAAUCCUAGAGGUGGGACAGUGAAAUUUAGAUUUUCAUUUCGAUGUUUAAUGAAAAGUAGCUCAAUGAAGAAAUACGCAAGGGCCAAAUUGAUAGGAGAUACUCUAAUUUAUUAGGUUUGUCGUCGUUGCACCAUAGUCACAUGAAAUUAAGCAUUGUUUGAUACCUCCGUAGUCAUCUUAGCACUUACAACGAAAACGUUAUCAAGAAAGGUAAAGAUCAUGAUCACAGCUAACAUGUUUUCGUACUUUGCUCCUCGGCAUUAGGACGCGUCAAGAAUAUCCAUGCUAUAACACCACGGCCCCGACGAGUCAUAAAUUAACUUUCACGAGAGUAUGUUAUAGUAGUGAAUGGUCCUGGUAUUUGCAUUUGGUUACCUGAUUUUGAUGAUAAGGAAAACAAGAAGAGAAUCCUUGUGAUCAAAUUCAGGCUACCAAAUACCAAAACCAUACAAGUUGUACUAGAAGAUGCAAUGUGAUAGUAAUCAUCUUCGACGUCAUGCACAGCUUUAUUAGUCAAGAACAUCACAGCAAAGUAGGAGAUCAAGAUGAUGGAUAUCGAUAUCAUAAAAAAAUGAGCGAUCGCAGCUUCAUCCGUUUCUUCAUGUCCUGACAAAGCUGUUUCUCAGCAAGAAGGUGCUGUAUCAAGAUUCUUAGCACGUAUCAUGGGCGACUCCGCGAUCGGUUGCGCAGUCGUGCUCGCAGGCUACAACAUUUUUGAACAGAUUAUGUUAAAAUAAGUGAAUCGAUUCAUUGGCACUGCCUUUUUCGCAUUUAAUGUCUUCCACGACUAGUAGAGAACUCGCAUUUAAUGUCUUGUAGACCGCUUUUCCUGCUGGAGCAGAGCUCGCAGAAAACGCAUUUAAUGUCGUGUAGAUCAUCCAGUAUAGAGGCACCACCACUCAGGGUUGUAGUUAGUCUUUUUUGCUUAGUCGUAAACGUGAUGCAUGUUGGAUCAUUGUUUCUUAUUGAAGACAUCUCUACUACUACUUACUCCCGUUUUUUCAUCAUGUUGAUCACCAGAGAAGCCAGCGUCUUCAAAUGAUUUCCUUCUUGUCCUCGUGGCAGUGUGUUGAGUAGAUGAAGCUCAACGAAGUAAACACCAGGACGAUUGGACCUUUUUCCGUAAAAGUUCCGCCCAAAGC